GGUUGCUAGGUUACCUGUCCCACAACUCCAGAACCACUCCCCAGCACCCAUCUCCUCACCCCCACUCAGCUCCUCUUACCCUCCCAGAAGGGGCAGGCAGGGCUCACUGAGGAAUCGCUCACUCUCCCAGCCCCCUCUCUGCCGCCCAUUCAGUGCUUCCAAUGGGGACCAGGGGAUAGAAUGAGAAUCAGGGGCUGGUUUCAGCCAGCGAGCAGCAGGCGGAGGGAGAAAAACUGGCCAAGAAGUUCGGUUGGAUGGGCCCCAGCUCUUUCAGCCAAAUCGGGCUGUCUGCCACCAUGGAGCAGUCUGCCUCCGUGCAUCCUAUUUCUAGGGGUUGCUUGGCAGGGACUGUCUCAUAGAUGGAGAGGAGGAGGCCGCCUACAUGAUCCAAAGCAUCCCUGCAGCCCUGCUCUGCAGGAUAGUUGGAUGGGAGGCCCCUAGGCUUUCAGUUGGGCCAUGAUUUCAGCGGGAUUCUGACACUCCCUACGUGUGUCCCUUGGGUAAGUUGCCUGUACUGCCAGAGACAUGGAACAGUGGUAAGAAUGCUUGGUUCAGAUCAGCUCUCCUUCCUACCGGUGCAGCCUCAGACCACUUGCAUGAUGUCUCUGAGCCUCAGUUCCCAUGUCUCUGGAAUGGAGAUGAUACUUGCAGUUACUUUCACAGGAUUUUUGAGAAUAAGUGACUUAAUGCACUUGAAAGUGUUUAGAAUAGUGCCUGGCACCAAGUAUGAUCUCUUAUGUUAUUACCUUCUCUGAGCCUGUAAAAUAGGCUACCGUCACCUACUUCUGGGGUUGUUCUGAAGGACGAACGAGCUAAUGGAAGUGAAGCACCUAGUCAUAUGCCUGGCGCACAAGAUGCUCAAAAAUGGCAUCAGUGACCUCAGUGGAAGUCUCCAGGAAAGAGACAAGGAGCAAAUCUGAGUCACCCAUUAAAAUACCAAAGGCCUCUCCAGAGACCCAUCUUGAGUCGUUGUUAUGAAUCAGUUUGUACAGUGCUCUGCAGGCUGACUUUUUCAGGGGCUCCAAUUGACCACAAGUGACUAAGGGGAGGCACGGAAAGGACGGCUGGAACAGGAAGAUGCCGAGUACGGACCUUCUGAUGUUGAAGGCCUUUGAGCCCUACUUUGAGAUUUUGGAAGUGUAUUCCACAAAGGCCAAGAAUUAUGUAAAUGGGCAUUGCACCAAGUAUGAGCCCUGGCAGCUGAUUGCGUGGAGUGUCGUGUGGACCCUGCUGAUAGUCUGGGUAUACCAUUUUGUCUUCCAGCCAGAGAGUUUAUGGUCAAGAUUUAAAAAGAGAUGUUUUAAGCUCAUCCGGAAGAUGCCUAUUGUUGGUCGCAAGAUCCAAGACAAGCUGAACAAGACCAAGGAUGAUAUUAGCAAGCACAUGUCAUUCCUGAAAGUGGACAAAGAGUACGUGAAAGCCCUGCCCUCUCAGGGUCUGAGCCCGGCUGCUGUUCUGGAGAAGCUCAAGGAAUACAGCUCUAUGGAUGUCUUUUGGCAAGAAGGGAAAGCCUCCGGAGCAGUGUACAGUGGGGAGAAGGAGCUCACCGAACUCCUUGUGAAGGCUUAUGGAGAUUUUGCCUGGAGUAAUCCACUGCAUCCGGAUAUCUUCCCAGGACUACGUAAAAUAGAGGCAGAGAUUGUGAGGAUAGCAUGUUCCCUCUUCAAUGGGGGACCAGACUCCUGUGGAUGUGUGACCUCUGGGGGGACAGAGAGCAUACUGAUGGCCUGCAAAGCUUAUCGGGAACUGGCCUUCGAGAAUGGGAUCAAAACUCCAGAAAUCAUAGCCCCCCAGAGUGCCCAUGCUGCAUUUGACAAAGCUGCCAAUUAUUUUGGGAUGAAGAUUAUACGGGUUCCACUGAACAAAAUGAUGGAGGUGGAUAUUCGGGCAAUGAGAAGAGCCAUCUCCAGGAACACUGCCAUGCUCGUCUGUUCCACCCCGCAGUUUCCUCAUGGCGUGAUAGAUCCUGUCCCUGAAGUGGCCAAGCUGGCUGUCAAGUACAAAAUACCUCUUCAUGUGGACGCUUGUCUGGGGGGCUUCCUCAUCGUCUUUAUGGAGAAAGCCGGAUACCCGCUGGCGCAGCCGUUUGAUUUCCGGGUGAAAGGUGUGACCAGCAUUUCAGCGGACACUCAUAAGUAUGGCUUCGCCCCCAAAGGCUCUUCAGUGGUGUUAUACAGUGACAAGAAAUACAGGAGCUAUCAGUUCUUCGUUGCCACGGAUUGGCAGGGCGGCAUCUAUGCUUCCCCCACCAUUGCGGGCUCACGGCCUGGCGGCAUUAGUGCAGGCUGUUGGGCCGCCUUGAUGCACUUUGGUGAGAGCGGCUAUGUUGAAGCUACCAGACAGAUCAUCAAAACCACUCGCUUCCUCAAGUCAGAACUGGAAAACAUCAAAGGCGUCUUUGUUUUUGGGAAUCCUCAACUGUCCGUCAUUGCUCUGGGCUCCCGUGAUUUUGACAUCUACCGACUAUUUAACCUGAUGACUGCGAAGGGGUGGAACUUGAACCAGUUGCAGUUCCCACCCAGCAUUCACUUCUGCGUCACACUGGUACACACCCGGAAGCGAGUAGCCAUACAGUUCCUAAAGGACAUCCGGGAAUCCAUCACUCAAAUCAUGAAGAAUCCUAAAGCAAAGACCACAGGAAUGGGCGCGAUCUACGGCAUGGCCCAGGCUACCGUUGACAGGAACCUCGUGGCAGAAUUGUCCUCUGUCUUCUUGGACAGCCUUUUCAGCACAGACACUGUAACUCAGGGUAACCAGAUGAAUGGUUCUCCAAAACCCCGCUGAGCUGGGACCCUCUGUAGCCCCGAGGGGCAUCUGGCCUUUACAAGGCUCUCGGGGUGGGGAACAGGCCACGCGGUUUCAUCUGGUCUUGCUCCACACAGCACAACGGAACAGACCGCGGACAGCUUGAGCCUCAGGAGUAUUGGCAUCCUUCUGUGGUUCUAUAAUGUGAAGACCAGAGGAUUCCCUUACACAAUUAUUUUGCCCUUGUUCUAAAUGUUACCCUGGGAAUUGUUUUAACCAUCUCCUUUUCUAACGUUUCUUGCUCUCAACUUCACUUAAUCACUGUGUGGCAGCUCUGACCUGUCCUGACUCCUUGGGAGGCUGGGUAAGUUUUGAGACAGGAAAAGGUCUGCUUUGCUACCUCAGGCAGACGGCUCCUCCAGCCCCUCCUGGAGCGGUUAGUUGUCUCGCAGCCCCUCCUAGUGCAGCUCCUGUUACCCUCCCAGGACCCAGAGUGCCCAGGCUGUUGUUCCUGCUGUGCAGGGUCGGCAUGGCCAAGCGGAUCUGCUUGGUCCACCGGUCCUCUUCCAUGCUUGCAGUCCCCAUUUCAUACUCUGUUGCCAUCAUCUUUGAAGAUUCUUGUUUGAAAUAAUGCCACUGGUUUGUCCCUGCUUCCAUGGACUGGGUUCAAGAGAACUCCAUUUCCAGAGACUAGGACAUUCUGGCCCUGGUGCUUGCCUCUCUGAAUUGCCAGUGUUCAGAGCACACCUGAACCCUCUCCUGGGCUGGUGAUGGUCAGAACCAGACCCUUUUCUAUACUUUUCUGAGUAUCAGAGUAAGAUGAGCACCCAAAUUCAAAUGUGUGUCACCAGAGUUGGUGGCGGUCCUCCCCUCCCCUGUUGCUCUAAGCCAUCAUGUAGGAGAAUGUUUGCUUGAAGGAACAGCUCAAAGCACCUUCACAAGGUGCCCUGACUUACCUGAGGUAGGUGUGAGGAGGGUGUGAGAGCCCCCAAGGUAAGGAAAAUCUCUCUCCAUUAGUGUGGUCUUCCUGCCUCUUCCCCCUUUAUUCAGCUCCCAAAGGUACUACGGCAGUUAAGCCUCAGGUACUGCACUCCUCGGCCCUGGCUAGGAUGAGAUAAACCUUCUGGAAUAGGAAAACAGGAUGCAAGUGUCAGUUGUGGCCUGGGGUCUGGGAUUCCUUAUUAAGACUAGUUGCUCAGGGUGGUGCGGGGACGGGACCCAACCCUGCACCCACUUUCUCCCUCUUCCCUCUGCAUGGGGCCCAAUGUAGGCUGAGCCACUGUCCUGCUCUCAUGACGACAUACCGUGUGCCUUCCUCCUCUGCAGCCAGCAGUGAUGGGCUAUUCCUGACCCAGGUUCAAGGGGAAAUGGGUCAGUCUUUCAAGGUUUUUAGCUGGGUAGAGGAUAAAUCAGGAGUAAUUGUCCUCGGUUCCACCACCCUCCUCAGGGACUUCUAAAUAUUCAGCUUCUUCAGGCUGGUGUCCUCUAGUCCCCUUCACUGGGAGUGCUGGCCUGGAGAGCCAAGACACCCAGACUGCCCCCAGCUGCUCAGCACAUCUGUCUGAAGUGUUCUUUAGCACUGUACUUCCUCCACGGUAACUGACCCACUGGCCGUGCCAUUGCAAGGCUGGUGCGUUUCAUUCUGUCUUUUGUGGAUUCCAAGGGUGGCUGGAGAAUGCAUGUGUUGGAGGCUGAGCUUCUUCAGACAUGAGAGUCAUAUUCUUCCCAGAUGCCGAGCACCUCCUGAGAGGAGCUGUAGUCAGAGCUGUGCAUGAACGUCCCUGGGUCUCCAGUGCGGUCGUUGUGUUGGAGAAAGCCCAGACCCAGAGUGGCCCAGCAGGCACCACUGUGGUUUGUCAGAGAAGCAGGUGCCCUACAGAGUGUGCUGUUGCUUCCAGUGUCUCCCCAUGACCUUCCUCUGUGCUGUGACAUUGCUGCUAAGGGGCGAUGGUGUUUUUCAAAGGGACCUGCUGUGGCGAGCCACUUUAUGAUCAUGAGCAUUAGUCUGACUUAGUACUUGUGGGCUUUCUAUUCUCUAUGUAUCUGUGCACAUUAGUUAACACCUAGUCAGGCAGAGGUGGGUGGAAUGUCUUAACAUCAUGUUGCUAGCAGAUGUCACAUUGGCCUCUGCAAAAAUCAGACUGUCUAGUUUGUGCAUUAGUAGUCGCAUGAAUAUACUGCCAUGUCACUUUUAAUAUGAUGUUUUAUACUUGGAAAAUGGUACUUGCCUCUUUUAGAUCUUUUCUCUCUUUAACCUCUUCCUUUUCCAUCUCAAUGCUUCCUAAUUGCAGCAAUACUCUCAAGAAGCAAUUAAGUGAUUAAAUGUCUCAAAUCCUAA